AUGCCGGCCAUGUCCAAGAUCGCCACGGCAGCUGCAGGCGCAGCCGCCCUCACCGCAGCCUCGGCCUUCGUGGCACCGACGGCGGCGCCGGCGCGAACAGCCCAGGGAAGUGCCCUGCGCGGAGAGCGUCGCUCGAGCUCGGUGUCCAGCUUGGGCUUGAGCGGCCUGAGCCUGGGUGCAGUCGGUCUGGCGGCCGUUCUUGCGCCCCCCUCCUCCAAGCCGGCCAGCAAGAGUGUGGCGGUCAAGGCCUACGACGCAUCAGGAGAGAUCGGAGCCUGCGACCCCUUGCUGUUCUGGGAUCCGAUUGGCUACUGCACGGAAGGCUGCACCAAGGAGGACUUUGACCGCCGCCGUGCCGUGGAGCUGAAGCAUGGCCGUCUCUGUAUGGUUGCAACCAUCGGCAUGGUGUGGCCUGACAUUUUUGGCAAGUUCGAUGGCUACCUCUCGCCCUCGCAGAACCUGAAGUUUUCGGAUGUGCCGUCCGGAAUUGCAGCAGUCAGCAAGGUUCCCCUGGAGGGCUGGCUUCAGAUCUUGCUGGUGGCGGGCCUUAUUGAGACGCAGCUCUUCAAGGAUCAGUCCUUCGGAGGCUUCGCCUACGGUAAGUAUGGUGCCGAGCCGGGCAACUUUGGCACGGGCUACUGGGGAAGGAAGAUCCAAGACCCCGCUGAGCGCAGGCUUAAGCUGACCACCGAGCUGAACAACGGGCGUCUGGCAAUGAUUGCGAUGGCUGGUAUGCUCAUCCAGAACGGCCUCACUGGGCAGUCCCCGAUCGAGCAGCUGCAGGCUGGCCACUACUCGCCCUUCAACGAUGGCCAGGGCUUCUUCGCCUUCGACCCGUCCCAGGAGCUUGGUGCCUGCCCUCCUCUGGGCUACUGGGACCCCUUUGGCAUGAUGGCUUUCCAGGAUGAGGAGAAGUUCCGCCGCAACCGUGAGCUGGAGCUCAAGCACGGAAGGAUCUGCAUGGCCGCCACCAUCGGCAUGAUCGUGCCUGACCUCUUUGGCCGCUUCGGUGGCUACCUCUCGCCCAGCGCAGGCCUGAAGUUCUCCGACAUCCCGUGCACCAUUGAGGCCAUCUACAAGGUCCCCACCUUCGGCUGGCUGCAGAUCUUUGCUCUGGCCGGUGCCAUUGAGGCAAAGAACCAGGCCUUCCCAGAGAACUAUGGCUACCCUCCCUUCUGGGGCCGGAUCAACACCCUCGAGCCCGAGGAGAAGCAGAAGAAGCUGCUGGCUGAGAUCAACAACGGCCGCCUGGCCAUGGUUGCCAUGGCUGCCAUUGUGGCGCAGAACGGGGCCACGGGCCAGUCCCUCGUGGAGCAGUUCACCACCGGCAACCUGAAUCCCUUCGUGGGCGGCUAUGCCCAGCGCGAGGCGAGUGACCGCGUGGCUUUGAGGGCCGAGUUCGGCUCUGGUGCCGGCAAGUCCACGGCCCUCCCUUGGGAUCCCAUCCCUGAGGGCCUCACCAACGACAUCUUCAACCAGACCUACGUGGGCGACGUGGGCUUUGACCCUGCAGGCUUCGCCAAGAACCAGCGCCUGCUGCCCUGGUACCGUGAGGCCGAGCUGGCGCACGGCCGCGUUUGCAUGCUGGCAGUCUUGGGCUACACGGUGCAGACCGCCGGUGCCAAGUUCGAGCCGUUCAUCACCCGCUACCCGACGGACUCGGCCGAUCCCCUGAAGGCUGCCACCCAGGUGCCCAUCAUUGGCUGGCUUCAGAUCAUCGUCGUGAUUGCCCUGUCCGAGUUGUGGCGCUACGAGAACGUCAUCAGCAAGUACGACCAGGGAGUCCAGCCCGGAGACCUCGGCUGGAACCCCACGGCCCCCGUGGGCAGCCCCCGCCCCAAGUGGUUCGGCCCGACCUUCACCGCCGCCUACCAGCCAGAGGAGUGGAACAACAUGAAGCUCCGUGAGAUCAAGCACUGCCGCCUCGCCAUGGUGGGCUUCUUCUUCAUGGUCCUCCGGAAUGCCUCCACAGGCGAGGGGCCCUCCCUGCUCCCGAACCUGGCCGCGGCCGAGUUCCAGUCUUCCGUUGGUGACUUCAUCCCCAGGGACAUCUGUACCAUUGCCGUCCUGAUCGAUGGUGAGAAUAUCUCGCCCUCCUCACUGGGGCCUUUGAUGCAGGCAGCUCGGUCAGCUGGUGAGAUCCAGUACAGCCGAAUCUACCUCAACGAGCACAAGGCUUCGCUUUUCAAUGACCGGCUCUCAGAGCAAGGAAUCGAGGCAGUUGUGGUGCCGCAGCUGUCCUCGGGGCUGAAGGACCCAUCAGACAUCAUGCUGGCCCUAGAUGCCGUCGAGGAAUGCUUGAAAGGUACUGCUUCUGCCAUCGCAGUGGCCUCGGAGGAUGUGGACUUUGCCCUCGUGUUGAGGAAGGUUCGUGAGCUCGGUCGGCGCUCAUUUGCGGUAACUCCCCUGAGAGCGCCCUCGCGGUCCCAAGAGCUUCUCCGCUCGGCCGCGGACGGGCUCCUGUUCUUCGGGGACCACCCGGCGAUCAGCAAGGUGGCCGAGCAUCUGGACACCUCGCGCCUCGACUCCGACGUUGAGUUUUCGGAGGUUUCCUUGAUCCCCCAGGCCUUGAACGAAGACCGGCGGAGGAAGAUGGAGCAGCUCGAGCAGCUUUUGCAGGAACUCGGCUACCUGCCCAAGCCGCCCCAGCAGGGUGUAAUGGUGGCAGCGCUGGCCAAGUUCUUCCAUGCAAAUCAGCUUGGUCGGCUCACGGUCCGGCCCCUGCACGAGGGCCUCACACAGGCCUUCUCUGCCCUGGAGAGGCCGCCGGCUGGAGGGUGGGCUCCGGAUCCCAAGAACCUGGUCUUCCUGAAGCACAGAGGUGAGGCAGGCCGCGGACCUGCCGUGACAGAUACGCCCCGGGAGGCCAGGAAGGAGGGCCCUUUCUUGACAUCCAUCAGCGACAGCCUCGUGGAGCGAGUCCUGCUCCGAUUUGGAUACCUUCAGGCUGGUGAGGAAAGCCGCGAGCAGGUGACGGAAGCUAUCCAGCUGUUCUGCGACCGCAACCAGAAGGAGCUUCAGAAAUAUGGCUUGCAGGCCGCACAGCAACAGCUUCCUGACGCCCGUGAAAGUCUGCACCAGAUCUUCACGGAACCAAAUCGGCUGCAGGUCUGGCGCAGGGCUGCCGAUGACGUCAAGGUCCGGAGUCGGCUCAAGGACGUUGGCGAGAUCCGGCAUGCGGGCGCGCCGCGGCCGCAGCUGCUGGAGGCCAUGCGCCGGCUUCUCCGGCUCCGGGCGCCGAGGGAGGAGCUUCCCCGCAUCUAUGCUGCGCACGUGGCGCGGUGUUUGCAGCACCUUACCCGCGCCUUGGCCGUUGGUCUCAGUAGUCGGCUUGGAGGAGACCCGAUGCGAAUGGCCACAGAUGCCAUGGAUGCCUCAGCAUGCAGCAGUAUGCCCUGUCGUUUCUCAGACUUCGCCCAGCCCACGCAUGCCAACGCAGAGCACGGGACGUGCGGGAUGAUGAGAUGUGAUGAGCGUGCACAUCGACGAUGCGGUGCACAUCCUAGAGGAGUCGCUGUCAAGGAGGUCACCGGAAGUCACCGGGACGGCAACGAUGGAACUUUGCCUCAACAGCCGUGUUGGGCGUCGGCUCUGAUGGGAGCCCUUCUCUGGUUUGCGAACCUCAGGGGCAUCUACUCCCUUGACUGGACGAGAGUCCCAUGGGUGAUGGUGCUUCUCACUGCCUUGAGCUCUGCACUUUUCAACUUCCUCAUCAAGUUCGGCCUCUCUCGGGAGACGCCGGUGACCACCAGCCUCGGAACGCAAAUAGGCAUUCCCCUGAACUUCUUGCUGGACCUCUUCGUGGUUCACAGCCACUUUCGAUGGCCUCAGGCCGUUGGCGUGCUGACGAUGCUGCUAAGCUUCAGCGUUUGGCAUCACUCGGAGGCUCGGGAAGCUGAGGGCCAGAAGCCAGGAGGACAUGGACCCACCGCCAGGCUUCUGAAUUAG